AUGCAGAGCUCGUCGUUCACCGUGGCGCCGCACGUGCUGGAGCAGGCUUAUAAGUCCAUCCGGACGACGCCGCCCGAGGCGAAAGACCUCGAGCAGUCGAGCAAACUCCAGUCGUUCAUGAACACGCACUUCCCCACCGAGUCGGACGUGAACAUCACGCGCCGGUCGUUGAUUUUGGCCGAACUGCGCUCUAUUUUCCGCCAAUGGGUGAAGCGCAUUUGCAUGAACAAGGGCGUGCCCGAGGAAAUGGCGGCCGAUGCGGGCGGCCAGAUCCUGGUCUCGGGCUCGUACCGUCUCGGUGUAAACGAGCCAGGCGCUGACAUUGACACGAUCUGCGUCGCGCCGCGUCACGUGACACGGGAGGACUUUUUCUCGUCGUUGAAAGACAUUUUUCUGCAGCAUGCCAAGGUGUCAAACCUCGUGGCUAUUGAGGGAGCGGUCGUGCCGAUCCUCACGUUUGACUACGAGGAGAUUAACGUCGACUUGCAGAUUGCGAUCCUCCCGCGCAACUCGAUCCCUGAAGACCUCAAUAUCUUGGACGACCAGGUGCUUGUGGGGGUCGACCCAGCGACAGAGAAGAGUCUGAACGGCCCACGCGUGACGGAACUCAUGAUCAAGUUGACACCGAAUCGAGAGAGUUUCAUCAGCGUGCUGCGGAUCGUGCGGCGAUGGGCCAAGCGACGCGGACUGUACUCGAACAAGAUGGGGUACCUGGGAGGUGUCAAUUGGUGCAUCUUGGUGUGCUUUAUCAACCAACUGUACCCGACUGCAGCGCCGUCGACAUUACUGCUGCGCUUUUUCAUGGUGCUCAACAACUGGAAAUGGCCACUUGCGAUCCAGCUAUGCAAGACGCACGACGCGAACCUGGGUCUGGAAGUCUGGAAUGCAAAUGCAGGCCAUAAUCGGUACCAAGUGAUGCCAAUUUUGACGCCGGCGUACCCGUCGAUGAAUUCGUCGUUCAACGUGUCGGCACACAGCCUAAAGGUGAUGAAGGAGGAAUUUAAACGUGGCUUGACGAUCGUUCAGGACGUGCUGAGCAAAGGUGGAGUCGAAUGGGGCCCGCUGUUUGAGCCAUCUGACUUUUUCGCCGUUCACCAACACUACUUAGCGGUCGAAGUGUAUACAGAGAGAGAGGACGAAGAACAGGCAUGGUGCGGGUUCUGCGAGUCUCGUUUGCGUAAGCUGGUAGACUCGUUGGCAUACAAUCCAGCGCUGUGCCGCUUGCGUGCAUUUCCGAAGAAGUUCCCUUUGAGCUUUGUGACAGGCACUGAAGCAGCAACAGCUGAACAGCAAGUCGAUAAGACUCCCAAGCCGCCGAGCAAGUUUGGCGUGUGCUUUUACGUGGGCUUUGAUAUUGACCGUCGUCAGCUGCGCAGUCGUGAAGUGAGCAUCGACCAUUCGGUCGAGUACUUCAAAAACAGUGAUCUGUAUCGCUGGAACAAGCGAACUCCAACCAUGGAUGUGAGAGUAACUCCGGUUAUCUGGAAAUCUUUGCCCGAAAGUGUGUUCGAAGACAUGGGUGGAAGGGUUGUUGCCCGGACCGCUCGUCGUGAGUUUCUGAAGAAGAAGAAGGAAGAGGAGAAGAAAGCAGAGGAGGUUGCAGCACCGAGCCCUCCACCGUCGGGUGACGAAGGAACGCGCGUGCAGGAAGAUGGCGGGGAUUUGACCUCGAGUCAGAAGACGGAGGUACUUGCAAGUGAGAUGGACAAGGGCAAGGGCAGCAUUUCUCAGCCAGGCAGUCCUGAUCCCGCGGUGGACGGUGGCGAGGUACUGAACCGCUCCGAAUUGCUCGACGACCCUCUGCUCAAGGCGAAGACGGUGGUGGCAUCAGCAUCACCAGAAAUGACAGGUAAGCGUGGCUUUGAUGGAAACGAUGAUGGAAACGCUGUGGGUAGUCCGGACGGAAAACCGUCGGGUGAUGCUACACAAAACUCGGCCAAUACGUCGGUCAAUGGUGGUGCCGCCCGCAGGCUUACUUCGUCUCCAGUGAAGGCGGUCAAGAAGCCGUUGGAGUCGUCGGUGGCUCCUCCAGCCGUGUCAUCGCCUCGCAAGAGACGUAAAAUGAAAAUCACUUUUACCAAACUGAAUUGA